AUGAUGACUCCUGGUGGACUUCCACGUGGAUGGCCGCAGGCAUUGGCCUCGCCACCCCGUGGAGCACUGGCGUUGGUCGCCUUGCCGCUGUUGGGGGCCAUGAGCCGUGAAAGUCCCUUGCGACGUCUCCUGGUGCAGCUGGUGAUCUUGGCGUUGCGUGUGUCCACACCAAUGGCGGUCUCUGUGCUGCUGAGAAAUUUGUGGAUGAACGUGAGCCCCCACCACUUCCAUCCACGAGUGCUGGUGAAAUAUGGCCUGAUUAGCUGGUCUUUGGCAGAGACCAUGUUCAUGAUCUACAUUUGGCAGUACACCCGCUUUCUCAACGGACAGACCACCCGACGCUGGCGCGCCGUCAACGUGCACAACACCGCAGAGAAGCGCCGGGCCUCGAUGGAGCGCUACCUCUUGGCCAUCAAGCAGGUGUGCGUGGGCGGCUCGGAGGCGCCAACCAAAGCGCCGCAGCGGAACCCCUUGGGCUUAGGACUGCAGAAGGCCCGCGCAGCGCCGUCCCUCGCGCGCACGGGCGAGCGCCGGCCCUUGGGGCUGGCGAGCUCCGCGUCCUCCAUAGCGCGCACGGGGAGCUUUUUGCUUGGCGCGGUGAAGCAAGAGGAGAGCGUGGAGGACCUUCUGAAACACAUGGACGGCUAUGGCUCCAGUGGCGACUUGGACGCCGAGCUCCAAAGGCUUCGGUGGCACGAGCUGGCGACCUUCUUCCACGGCCCAGGCCGCGGCGACGCCGACGAGAUCACCACAUGGCUCCAGCGGGACAACGUCAAGGAUUGGAUCGCUCACUACUGGUUCCGCGGGGCAACGCCGGAGGAGCUCUUGUCGGAUAGCCCCCAGCAGUUUCAGGAACUGCGGGCGCUGGUGGACCUGGUGCUGCAGACGGCAGGUUUGCAACAACUGCGCCAGGGGCGGAAUGAGCAGGUGAAGGCCUACCGGAUUUUUUCGGACCCGCUGCCAGUGGUGCACCGGCCGUUGAUGGUUUAUGCAGGAACCUCCUUGUUUUGUCCGCUGGUGUCCUACAAGGUGAUGCAGUGGCUGGGCUUCCACCGCGAACGUGCGGGCGGCCUUUGCUACUGGAAGCGCUCGCGACGUUCCGGACCCGUGGACGGCGACCUCGCCGCGCCGCGGCAAGUGCCAUUGGUCUUCGUCCACGGAUUGGGUGUGGGCCUAGUUCCCUACUUCAUGUGGAUCUACCGCUUGUCCAAGCGCCACAGUGGUGACUUGUUCAUCCCGGAGUUCCCCUUCUUGGCCAUGGCACCCUGGGAAAGCGUGCCCAGCGCAAGGGAGGUCGUCGCACAGCUCCAGGACAUGCUGGCGGCGCACGGCCACACGGCGGCCCAUUGGGCGGGGCAUAGCUUCGGCUGCGUGGUGAUUGGCUGGGUGAUGAAGAUGUCUCCGUCUUCAUUGCACUUCGCCACGUUGAUGGAACCCGCGCAGUUUUUGAUCAUCAAAGCCGAGGCUCUGACUAAGAUUCUUUGGGGACUCCCCAUGACCACCUUCGAGAUCCUGAUCCGGUACUUUGCCUUCCGAGAGCUUUUCACCGUGAACCUGCUGUGCCGGAACUUCUUUUGGGAGCAAAGCUCGAUGUGGCCCGAGGAUCUGAAGGUUCCGUCGAUUGUGACCUUGGCCGCCGAUGACCACAUCGUCCAGUCGACCUUCGUGAAGCGGCUCUUGGAACAUGAGAAGUCGGCGCGGCGGCUGCAUCGCCGCAUGGCUUCCAAGAAGACGCGGAUCCCAACCUCAGGCUCCUCCACGGACAUCCGGGUGGACACUUUGAACCAAUCCGCCACGACGACCGCGUGUGGGCCAGAACGGCUGGAAAUCCUUUGGAACGAAGGCUUCUUCCAUGGGAAGAUCCUUUGUGAUCGCCGUGCUCAGGACCGGCUUUUCUCACGUAUGAGGUCGUUGGUCCGGGAUGAUGAAACGGAGAACUAG